UUGAUCUUAAUUUUUUAUGUCAUAUGUAAACUAAUUUCUCGAAAAUACAAAGCUUAGGAAAACAAAAUUUCAUAUCCGUUAAUGUACUAGAUGAAAAGAAAUGUGUGAUAAAAAGGUGAAUGAACGGAUUGUUGGAUAAGUAGCAUUUUACCCUCUGGCCAUCAAAUUCGCUAAGUUACGUGGACAAAAAUGGCGACAAAAAUUUCCAGGAUCUUCGUUCCCCACCCGCUUUUUUCAUUGGACUUCACCAGGCGUCAAACAUAAAAAACGAUCUGGUUGGAAUUUGAGAUUGUACUUUUGGUUACUUGUUAUCAAGUUUUGAUAAAGGUAUUGCUUUGUAUACAAAGCUAACAUAUUUACAUAGAUGAGUUUCAGUGAAUUAUCGAAGUAGAGGUGCAUGCAAGCAGAAUUGAGACAAGCUAUUUCAUUAAAAAAAAAGAGAAAGAUUUGAAUAUACAUUAUUGAAAUUAAUUUUUAAAAAUCUUAAUGGAGUACUUUGAAUUUUUUUUAAAAGUAAUCCAAAAAGAAGCUGAGAAAUUUAAUCUUCCUCAUGCUAUAUCUCAUUUCACUGAGUUAAAAGGUGAUGCAAAUUUUGAUAUAGCAAGUAAUAGAUGUGCUUAUGUGUAUAGAUAUGCAACAAAUACGCUGUAUUAUAUGAACAAAUGUAUCAGUAAUUUUUUUUUAGAAUGUCCAGAAACAAUACAAAUGUUUCAGGAUUGGAGUGUUAAAGGUGUGAAUUUCACUUCCAUAAGUUCCGGCCCAGGCAUAGAAUUUUUUGCCUUCGUGAUGUCUCUGAAAGAUUAUAAAAGUAUAAAAAUCCAAGAAUUUUUUAAAAGUGUUAAAAUUUUGUCAAAAUUUGGAGCUUGGAGAAAUACUAUGAAUAUAAUGUUAGAUAUUAUAGAAGCUGGAGAGUUCAAAUGCUUGGAACUUGACAUGUUAAAUAGAAAGAAUAUUGAUCUUGUACAGGUAUGUCCUUUUUCACCAAAACUGAAUGGCCUGGUACAGACUUCUAGUAUUGUUUUGAUGAUUAGGUCAAUAAAUUUGAAACAGUCUGAUGCUGAGCUUGAAGGAGAAAUUUCUGCCAAUGUUAUGGAAUUUUUUUCAGCUUUGAAGCUUGAAUCUUUGUUAUUUUGCAUUGAUACUAAACCUAGUUGUACUUUAAUGGCAAAUAUACUCAUGAAAUUUCCUGGAAAAUUCUUGCAUAAACCUACUGUCUAUCAAGAUAGGCUUCCUGUAAUGUUUCCCGAAUCUUUUAUUGAGCAGUUCGGGUGUCUACCAGUAUUAUCCUGUCGAGGAGGUUUUUUUGUUUGGCAAAAAUUACCAGAGUCAUCUAUUGAGCAAAAUUUAUUAUUUUCACCAUGCGAUACUGCUGUUUUUUGUAAUUAUAGUAGAAAUAUGUCUACUGGCAUUAAUUUGAAUGAAGCUAAUGGGUCUUUAUGUGCUAUAAAAGAUAAUAGUAAUGGAAUUGAAAAUAUUUCUGAAAAGCUUAAAACUAAUCAAGAACAAUGCUCUGCUGCAGACAAAUUAGAAGAAUUUAAAAAUAUUCAAGGACAAUGCUCUGAUGCAGUUAAGCAUUUAGCAAACAAAUUAAUGUAUUCAACUUCACUUUCUGAAAAAAAGCAGAGUAGUAAUACAGAUUCCACACAAAAUCCAAUGUUUAUCAAUCCUGUUGUAGGAAGUAGCUGUUCUCUUGAAACUAAUGCUCAGGCAUCUUUAAAUACCAGUUAUGGAGAAGAUCAUGUGAAAAAUAACAGUCCACUACUUAAUGGCACUUCUACAUCCAGCCCUAUUCCGUUAUCUAACAUUAUAAGGCCAUCAACAUAUGAAACUCCAAUAAAAAGCAUGGUGCAAGAAAUGAAAAAUAAAGAAGUAGGAAACAGUUAUAUUGAAGAAAAUUCUUUGAAUAAUCUGGUAAUAUUUGGAAAUGGAGAUAUUAAAGAUAAUUGUCAAGGUAAGAUUAAUGUAAGCAGUUUAACAGAAGAAUCUAUGUUGCAAGCAAACAUUCAGCAAUGCAUUAGAGAAACAGGAAUGGGAAAUAGUGUUUCAUGCAGUAAUACUUAUUCAAGAAGUGAUUUAAUAUUAAUUGGGAAUAAAAAUGUAGAGCGAGAUACUUUAAAAAAUCUAAAUGUAUGUCACAAAGGGAAUGAAAUUCUUCAAAAAAAGGUUCAGCAACAUGUUAAUGAGGAGGAAGCAGGGAAAGGUAUUUCAUGUAAAAAUAAUAGUUCCAGUAGUGACUUGGUGCUAGCUGAGAAUGAAAAUGCCCUUGGUGCAAUUCCAAGAAAAGCUAGGCAUAGAAAAAACAAAAACAAAGUUGCUGAUCCUACUUUUAUAGCACAAGCAAUUCAAACUGAUCCUGUUAAUGAAAUUGCAGGAUUUGAUUCUAAUAGUAUUAAAAUAUUAAUGAAUAAAAUUCAACAGCUUACAUCAUCUUUUGAAGAAUUAUUAGCUGAAAAAAGUACUUCCUUUGCUGCUGAUGGAUUACCACCACAUACUGAUUGUUCAAAUCAUCAAGUUUUUGCAAGUAAUGGUGCUGCAUAUGCACAUAGCAUGCAUCCAAGAGUACUGAACUCAUGUUGUUGUAAUAAUUUUUCAAAUAUGAAUUGUAAAUGCAAUCAAGAAAAAAACUCAUCUUAUAGAUAUGCACAGAAGGAAAGUUCUGAUAUUUAUGGCAAUCCCACAAACAGAUUUCAGUUUCAGGAAGGCUGUAAUGCUGUUCAUUGCUGUUCAAUGAAGAAUCACUGUUAUGAUUUUCAUGACCAUUACAUUCCAAGAUGUGGCCAGAUGUCAUGUUGCAGCUUAAGAAAUUAUUAUUCUACUCUUAAACAGCCAAAUAUUGUGAUACCUAUAGAUAAUAUGAGUAAUGAUAUAAUAUCUCAAUUAAUUUCAAUACUUAAAACUUCAUCUCAACCAUAGUGAGGCAACAUUUCUAUGUUUCUAUAUGAAUCUUAGUAAGAUAAUAUGAUGUGUCUUAGGUGCUAAUCUUGAUUAAAGAGAUUUGAAAUAAAAUUUAUACAGCAUAUUUUAUAGAUGUAAAAAAUAUUUUUAUGAGUCAUGAAUAUCUCUAUUUUUGUAUAGGAAUAUAAUUUUUGUAAGUAUUGAAAUCAAAUUUAGAGUUUCUUGCUCAAAGAUUUGAAAUGAUUUUUUAUAUCAGUGUCAAAAUACUUUUAAGAAAGUUUUUAUUCUUGCUUGAUAAUACAUAUAUUUUUAUGAGUAUAAAUUUUGGAAUUUAUGUGAAGAGAAUGAAUUUUCGAAUUCAGAAUUUGGUAUCUUUAAAUAUAAGUUACUAGAUGAAUGAAAAAUUGGAGUUCAAAGGUAGAAAUAUUGCAUUAUUGUGAACUACUAAGGUAUUUAUUUGAAUUUUUUUUGUUUUUUUUAAAAGUAAUAAAUCUUUGUAAAUUUAUAAAUAAAUUACCAUGUAAAAUUUUCAAGCAUUGUUUUUUAAUUUUUUUCAUAGUUACAUGCAUUUGCUUCAAAAAUUUUUUAACAUUAUUAUGUUUUUAAUCUAUAAACUUGUUAUAACUUUUAUUAAUUUUUGAAAAUUUUAAUUAAUUAAAAAGGUAGUUUUUCAGUAUUCAUCAGAACAGAAAUCUUAGGGAAAACCUAAAAUUUAAUUAGGCUCCAAAGUUUUAAAUUGUAUCCAUACAUUAUAUUGUUUAUGGAAAGUUUUAUCUAUAUGCAUUCUUUAUGUAUUUUAUUUAUGGACAUUUUUGUGUCUUUUAUACUUAAUUUUUAUAAAUUAAAUUUGCAUUAAAUAAAUGUUUUAAAUUCAUGAUUGUAAGUCAUAGGCAUAAAACUAUUAAAGUCAUAUUUGACAUGUUUAUCAUA